AUGGCCAUCAGCCGACUGUCUAUUAUCAAGUUCCUAGAGCUGGCGCUGACUUGCUCGUGUGUCGCGUUGCACUACCACAGCUACAAUGCCGAUGCGGAUCUCGGCAUGCUGGUCACUGGCACCUUCGUGGGUUACCUCAUCAUAUUCGCGGGGGCCGCUGCCGGCUACGUAAUGCAAACACCGUCACACAAGCGUAUUGACAUAUUCUACUCGCUGGUUGGUGUUGCCCUGUUCAUCGCAAGCGGUGCCGUCAUAAUCGACAGAUACCAAAACUACGGCAAAAGUGAGCUCAAGGACAAGAAUCUAGCUAAAGCCUCGCUGUCUAUCAUCAACGGUGCAAUAUUGCUCGUCGAUGCCGUAUUAACCCAGCGCGGAGGA